AGACUCACGCAGCGUCGAUACAGAAGCCUCUGUGAUUAGAAGUGCGCUGCAUAACUCUGUAAGGCAGUCUUCAAAGAUGCUGAAAAUUGCCCUUAUCCUCACGGGCGUCGCCUGGGUCGCUUAUGUUCUCGUUCGCUAUGUCGUCGGGGAGCGAAGACAUCAGCGCCAGGCCCGGCAGUGGGGUUGUCAGCCCGCUCCUCGAGAACGAGGAACGUGGUACGGCGUGACAAUUAUCAGAGAUUUCAUCCAGGCGUUGCGAGACGAGCGCGCUCCUCAAUACUUUAUUGAAUGGCAAGAGAGAAAUCCAAAGACAUAUGUCACUAGAUUUUUCGACACAGAUGUCUUUCAGACAUGCGAACCUGCAAACAUUCAAGCCCUCCUAGCGAGCCAGUUUGAGGACUUUGGGCUGGGCCAUCGUCUACAUUCUUGGUCGCCAAUGUUCGGAAGAGGCAUUUUCACUACUGAUGGCGCAGAAUGGAAACAUCAAAGGGCAAUCCUGCGGCCACAGUUUGCGAGAGAGAUUUUGCAGGAUCUCGACACAGAGGAGAAGCAUCACAGAAACCUACUACGCCAUCUCUUGGUCCGGCCGGACGGAUGGACUGACAGAGUCGACUUGGCACCUUUAUUCAUGCGAUUGACCAUGGACUCGAGCACAGAACUUCUUUUCGGCCAGAGUACAGACUCUCAAUUAGCAGCUCUCGAUGGCGAACAUAAGCGUAGGACCACGGUUGAAUGGAAGUCAUUCGAUGAAGCUUACGCAAGAGGACUGAAGACUGUCGGGAUUCGAAAUUUUCUCGAAGACUUGCACUGGCUCUACAACCCCGGCCAUUACAAAGAGGAUGUUAAGGUUGUGCACGCCUACGUUGAUCAUUUUGUCCAGCAAGGUUUGCGCCGUGCUGAGGUAACCGAUCUUAAGGCCAACGACACGUCGAGGAAGUAUUGUUUCCUCGAUGAACUCAUCAAAGAGACUAGACAUCCUGUCGAACUUCGCGAUAACUUGGUGAACAUUCUGGUGGCCGGACGAGAUACAACCUCUAGCGCUUUAGGCUGGACUUUUUACUUACUGGCCCACAAUGUCAACGUCUUCCACCGACUGCGUCAAAUUAUCACCCGUGAAUUUGGGUCUUACGAAUCGCCAAAGAACCUCGACUUCGCUUCCAUCAAGGGAUGCACGUAUCUGCAGCAUGUGUUGAACGAGAGUCUGCGAUUAUACCCACCCGUCCCGGCCAAUGCGAGAUUCUCAGUCAAGGACACCACUUUGCCGGUUGGUGGCGGGCCCGAUGGAAAAUCUCCUGUCUACGUCCCAAAAGGCAAGUCGGUCGCGUAUUUUGUGGGCGCCAUGCACCGGAGGACAGACCUCUGGGGAGAAGAUGCCAACGAAUUUUGCCCUGAUCGCUGGAUCGGUCGCAAGGCGAAAUGGGAUUAUCUGCCGUUCAGUGGCGGCGCGAGAAUUUGUCUCGGCCAGCAGCAAGCUUUAACCUUGGCAGGCUUCACGAUCAUCCGGCUCCUCCAAAAGUUUGACGACAUACAGCCUGCUGACCAUGGAGAGAGGACUCGACAUGUCUUUACGCUCACAGACGCACCGCGGUAUUGCUGGGUCAGGCUACACGAGGCUUCGUGAAGCUAGCGUGAAGCAACCAUAAGAAUUGUUCUAUCUUCUGUGAAUUGAGGAUAUGGGUGUUUAACUGAGUUCACUGUGUACAGUGUCUGCUCGGUUGGUAUUCGUAUGCAAUGUUUUUGGUAACCCUUGGACACACAAAAAUGUCAUUGCUUCUGCGUUGUCUCUUCAAUAUGCUGCUUGUGGUGGUUACUGAAGGUCUCGUAUGGAAUCGCUCUCCCGUCCGUCGUUCGACCUUGAAGAUUCGCUGCCGGUCUUUAUCUCUUUAAGCCCGGUCUCUGUGGUUUUUUUGAACGUUACUGGCCUUUUUCAAAUUGUACGUUUGAAUGUAUCAGUUAUUCUGGGUACUACUAUAGCAUGUCACUAACUUUCCCGAUGGAUUGUGACAUGUUGCCUGUUGCUGCAGGACUAUAAAGCAAUCGUCUUUUCCCCUUUCCCCUGAAAGAUCUUGUUCAGACAUGCACCCACCUACGAGGGGAUUAUGGAAGGUUUUUAUAUAUAUAACUCAACUCACCAUUCGAGAGAACUGAAAAU